AUGGAGCUAUGCAGAAUGUUAUUUAGCUCUGAGCUUGCUCCAGCUGAGGACGUGUGGCUAGAUAGUCACUUGUGCGGAGCCCUCCAAGGAACUCAGCAGGGGUUGCCAAGCCUUGCUCUAUAUGUUUGUAAGUCCAGUAAGAAUGCCAGCAAGGUUGGACAGAGGACUAUGUCUUCAUCAGUGAAAUCUUUCAAAGAUCAGAAGUAUCAUCAGCUCAAGCAGCAGUGUAUCAAACAAAGACAACUGUUUGAAGAUCCAGAGUUUCCAGCAUCAGACGAAUCCCUUUUCUACAACAGAUUCCCUCCUGGAAGAGUGGAAUGGAAGCGGCCAAAGGAGCUCUGUGAUGACCCAUGCCUGUUUGUAAAUGGAAUCAGCGCCCAUGACUUGCAUCAAGGGAAGCUGGGGAACUGUUGGUUUGUGGCAGCUUGCUCCUGCUUGGCUCUUUGGGAGAAUCUCUGGCAAAAGGUAAUUCCAUGCUUUAAGGAACAAGAAUGGGAUUCCAAGAGGCCCCAGAAAUAUGCUGGGAUUUUUCACUUCCAGUUCUGGUAUUUUGGAGAGUGGACGGAUGUUGUCAUAGAUGAUAGACUGCCAACAAUUAAUGGGGAGCUGAUCUACUGCCAUUCCAACGUGAAGAAUGAAUUCUGGAGCGCACUCCUGGAGAAGGCUUAUGCAAAGCUAGCUGGAUCUUAUGAAGCCCUGGAUGGAGGCACUGCUGCAGAUGCAAUCAUCGAUUUCACGGGAGCAGUGGCAGAAUCCAUUGACUUAGUAAAAGGCAAAUACAGUGAGAAUAUUUCUGAGCAAAUGAAGCUGUUUGAAGAACUGCAGAAAGUACAUAAAAGAGGGGGGUUAAUCAGCUGUUCCAUCACGUCGUCAUCCCCCAGUGACACAGAGGUGGAGACAGAGAUGGGUCUGAUCAUAGGCCAUGCCUACUCGGUGACGGCAGUUCAGAAGGUGCACCUUGGAGAGAGGCUCCUGUUCUCUUUUAAGUCAGAAAAGCUCUUCAUGAUCAGAAUGAGGAAUCCCUGGGGAAAGAAGGAGUGGAACGGUGCAUGGAGUGACCAAUCUGAAGAGUGGAAGAAAGUGAGCGACUCUGAGCGCAAGAGCUUGGGACUUAUUGUUCAAAAUGAUGGCGAGUUCUGGAUGGCAUUUGAAGACUGGUGCAAGAACUUCACCGACGUUGAUGUCUGUCGUAUUGUCAACACUUCGUACUUCAGCAUCCACAAAACCUGGGAGAAGAAAAUGGUGCGUGGGGCAUGGACCAAGCAUUCAGAACCACUGAAAAACCGCUCUGGAGGAUGUUUUGAUUACAGAGCCACCUUCUUACAGAAUCCCCAGUAUGUCUUUGAUGUUAAGAAGGCUGAGGAUAAAGUGCUGAUUUCACUACAGCAACAGGAUCAGCGCAUUUACAAGAAAGAUGGGAAAGGCGACAACUUCCCUAUUGGCUUUGAAAUCUUCAAGGUGGAGUUGAACAGAGAAUAUCGGAUACACAAGCUGCAAAUGCAGGACACACACACUGUGUUCCUGAGGAAGCUCCUUACACAGGGUCGCUAUGUUCUUAUCCCAACGACAUACCGUCCUGGCAUCAUCACUGCGUUUAUCCUGAGGCUCUUUACAGAUGUACCAUCAAAACUCAGGGAGCUGAAGCUAGAUAAGCCUAAACUGACAUGCUGGAGCACUCUGUGUGGUUACCCUCGGAUAGUUACCCAAAUUAAAAUUCACUCCACAGAAGGUCUACAGCAGCAAGACAGAUCCGGUGCCAUGGGAUUGACACAGAGCUACAGUGUAGGAGCAGAUCCCUACCUGAUUAUCAAGUGUGAGAAUCAAAAAGUUCGUUCUGCCAUCCAGAAAGACACCAUCCAUGCCAUUUUUGACACACAAGCAGUUUUCUACAGAAAGAACAUGGAACGUUCCAUUAUUGUCCAGGUCUGGAACAGCAACGUCUUUUGUGACCAGUUCCUUGGACAAGUGCUGCUGGCAGCACUCCCCAGUGACCCCAGAGAACAACAGACUCUCCAGCUCCGGGGAAAAGGCGGCCGAGAAGCAGACAAAAUGCCAGGUCACAUCACCGUCAAGGUUGUUUCCAGUGACGACCUCAUGGAGCUAUGAAUAUCAAAGCCUCGCAGACCCAGACAAGGCUGUCACCUCGCAGCAAGAAUUCUUGUCUGUGCUCUCAGUGCAAAUGACGUGGGAGCAAAGGUUUCCAGAAAGCCCUCUCUUCCUCCGUCUCUCCAUGGACGUAGGUGAGGGAGUGACCUUUUUUUUUUUCUUUUUUUUUUUGAAGGGAAAAACUAUAUUAUGCCACCACCAUGGCAGCAGAUAGGCUGUUCUAAAAUUAUGACAUUGCUCAGUACAAAACUACCACUCUCCCCACAUGUUCUAGCUGCUGGUAACAUUGUGGUAGAUGGAGCUGACUAUUCCUGGAAGUUUCUAGUGCUGUGUUUUUGUUGUUGUCUAUUUCGGGAUGAUGGCUGUGGAGCCUGGCAGGCAAAGUACUAAUGCCCAUGGUGCACAGCAAUGUUCCCGCUAUUUUUUUCCAUCUCUGUGCAGAAUAAAUUUUGUUAUGUGCACCAAAGCAUCUGUGGAUGUGCACCACCAGUAGAAACACUUGCUUGCCAGUUGUGGGCACGCUGUUCAACAGAUGGCUGGCAUCUGAAUCUCUCCUGGGUGGCUCCCCUCCCUCCAAGCACUCAGCUUACAGUGUACAGUGGUACACAGGUGGAGGAGGGGAGGGGAGUCCAGGAGCUGGACAUGUGACUAAAUUCAUGCCCACUCUUUGACAUACUUACCGGUACAUCAAUGUUUGUGAGGGAUUUGUCUGGGCUAUGGUUGGUUGAAAGUGGUUACUUUUCAAUUAAUCCUACAAUAGUUUAUAUUAACGGCAUUAGUAUUAUUACUAAUCAUACAUUAUAUGCCUCAGCGGACAUGUCAUUGCUAGAGCAAUCAGAGCAGUCAUUCCAAAUGCUGCUGAGUGGGAACCUGGUGGAAGAAGAAUCCCAGUGUUCAUUAUUCAGGCAUUGUAGCCAGGGGGAGUUUUGCCUACAGAAGGGCUGCUGGAUUAGAUCCAUCCUCCUCCUUCCUGUUUGACUUAUAGAAGGGAAUGGUGCCCUCCCAGGAAUCAAUGGGCUGGGUCUGUUACAGUCUAGGCACUGCUGCUUAAACCCCGUCUUUCCUCUCAUUAACAUCUGACACAUUCUUGCUAUGAAUAUAUCCUCACUACUAGCACAGUCCUCACUCCCCUACUGGGCCAUAAGGGCAGGGGGAAGCUAUGCAAUACUCAUGUGUAUAAAUAGGACAUGUCUUGUGGCUGGAUCCCAUUCAACGCUUUGACAGAUAUUCUGAGUGGCCUCACUCCCUCUUAAAUACUGUGGUCUCAAGCUGCCAGCGCCUUGGAGAAAAUGGUCCAGAUGCUCAGCUGCUGUAGAUCGGCUUCAGUGUUGGUGCAUUGAUUGAUGUCAGCUGACGCCUGUCAGAGGUUCCAAGAUCUAUGAGUAGAUCCUGAUCCACUGGUUGGUGACAUACAGCCCCCUAUAUGUUCUAAGCCAGUAGUCACCAACUAGUGGAUCAGGAUCUACCCAUAGAUCUUGGAGCCUCUGACAGCUUCCUGACCAAACCAGUCAGGAUCACCUAUCAAACAUUGGCCCUUCAGUUGCCCCUCCACCCACUGUCAUGCUGCUCCUGCCCUCUGCCUUGGAGCUGCCCCCUUGGGAGCCUCCUGCUUGCUGUGCAGGGUGUGGGAUGAAGAAGGGGGGAUGCUGAUGUUAGGGUGUCCCUCCUCCUCCCACUUCUGUACCCCAUCUCCACACAGAGAGAAGGGAUGGAGGGAGCUUGACAAUGCAAAUCUCUGUCACGCUCAG